GCCUCCGAACAGCCUCCGAUUACGAACAGCGAGUACGAUGCCAGAAAGAAAGAGAUCUUCAGCCAUCAUUCCGUCUUCAUGGAUUAGCAUGAGUUAGGGGUAUGCCUCGGCUCGCUUAUAUAGGCCACUUUUGUGAUUGCUUGUUUAUGGGAUCAGCAUAAUGCCGAGUAGGGCUUCGGAAGGAUGUCGCCUCCACUUACGUCCGUAAGUCUACACUCUCAUACUUUAAAAAUCACGUUCAAGCCCUAUGACGAGGGUGGAGGUGAAUGUUUCACGCCCUACGGCCCGCGUGCUCUCCUCUCCUUUCUCCUUGCUCCACUUCGCUCGUGGGUGCGGAUCAUCACCAUUCCCCAUCGUCACUCCGCACAACCCCCUCCCCUUAUCGGACCGUCACGCCAGUCUCCAAUUUGUGUCUAUCAUGGCAUCUAACGUCGUUUCAAACUGAUCAACCUGUUUGCGGCCUUCAUUCAGUAGAUAAUGCGCUCUCAAGAUUUUUAUUCCAGUGCAGCGCCGUGAUCGACAUCUUUCUACCCUCCGGUCUGGUGUCAUUUAUUCAGUAAAUGCAUUCUCAAGAUUUUUAUUUCAGUGCAACGCCGUGAUCGACAUUUUUCUACCCUCCGGCCCGGUGUCAUUUCUGUUAGAUUACUCCGUGCCUCGUGUUUCUAUCAUGCUUUUGUCGUCAUCACAAAAAAAGAGCGACGAUGACAAUCAGCACCGUAAUGGCCUACAAACUACAAAUAGUCUGCAUGGACUUUAUACAGUCCCAUCAAGUAAAUCCUCAGGAAACCAACACUCGUUCUCUUCCCGCCAGAUUUGAAUACAACGGAUCUUACUUUAUUUCUCAAAAUGUUCCUCAAGACUGUCAUUGCCGUCGAGUUCCUCGCCAGCUCGGUAUUUGCGACACCGGCGCUUCGUCACCGCUUUAAGAGACAGUCCGACUCUGAUGUCGAUAGCUUCAUCGCGUCUGAAGGGCCUAUUGCCUACAAAGGAGUCCUUAGUAACAUAGGCUCCGCUGGGGCUGGUGCUUCUGGGGCUUCCGCUGGAAUUGUGGUUGCAUCCCCUUCUAAGACCGAUCCGGAUUAUUUCUACACCUGGACCCGCGACUCAGCCCUAACCUUCACCGCCCUAAUCGAGCGCCUCAUCGCCGGCGACACCACCCUCGAACCCACAAUCCAAUCCUACAUCACCGCCCAAGCAGCCCUCCAAUCCGUCUCCAACCCCUCCGGCGACCUCUCCAACGGCCUCGGCCUCGCCGAACCAAAAUUCAACGUCGACAUGAGUCCCUUCACCGAAGCCUGGGGACGCCCGCAGCGCGACGGGCCCGCACUCCGCGCAUCGGCUCUUAUCACUUACGGCAAUUACCUGAUAGCGAAGGACAAGAAGGACUUGGCGCUUUCGAACAUCUGGCCGGUUGUUCGGAAUGAUUUGGCAUAUGUGGCGCAGUACUGGAAUCAAACUGGCUUUGAUCUCUGGGAAGAAGUGCAGGGGUCUUCGUUUUUCACAAUUGCAGCUCAGCAUAAAUCUCUAGUCCAGGGUGAUGCAUUCGCCACCGCCCUCGGCCAAUCUUGCGAAAACUGCGCAUCCCAAGCUCCACAAAUCCUCUGUUUCCUCCAAAGCUUCUGGAACGGAGAAGCCAUCAUCUCCAACCUCGGAACGAGCGGCCGGACCGGGUUGGACGCCAACUCCCUCCUCGCCAACAUCCUCACCUUCGACCCCGCCGCACCAUGCGACGACGCGACGUUCCAGCCCUGCUCCUCCCGCGCUCUAGCAAACCACAAGAAGGUGGUUGAUUCCUUCCGCUCGGUUUACGGGAUUAACAGCGCCAACGCCGCUGGGUCCGCUGCGGCUAUUGGGAGGUAUGCGGAGGAUGUGUAUCAAGGCGGAAACCCAUGGUAUCUCUGCACCCUUGCAGCGGCAGAGCUGCUCUAUGAUGCUCUAUACCAGUGGGACACCACCGGCACCCUCGCUAUAGACGAGACCUCCCUCCCCUUCUUCAAAGACCUCGAUUCCACCGCCGCCGUAGGGACCUACUCCGCCAACUCAACCGAAUACACAUCUCUCACUGCCGCGGUGAAGACGUACGCUGAUGGCUUCGUGGCGAUUGUGCAGAAGUAUACACCCACCGAUGGAUCUCUCGCCGAGCAGUUUGGGAGGGAUGAUGGCGCGCCGCUGUCGGCGGUGGAUCUUACGUGGUCUUAUGCUUCGUUUUUGACGGCGAUAGAUAGAAGGGGUGGUGCGGUGCCGCCGUCUUGGGGGGAGAGUGGGGGGAAUCAGGUGCCGACGAGUUGUAGUGGAGGGUCGGCUGCGGGGAGUUACGCUACGCCUCCUGCUAUUGCGUGGUGA